GCAAGUUGUGGUCUUAGGUGGUCUUAUAGCAUGCAUCGGUUCUAGCAACCACGGCGGCAGUUUCGAGGUAGCUAAGCGGUUGGAUCAGAUCACGGACGUGCACGCGUGGCAGAAUAGUAAGAUGUCGGCACCAUUUUCCUUCAACUUUGGCGGCAACGCUGGAGGGACUGGUACGAACAGUAGUGCAAAUGGCGCCGCUGGAGUGAACAAGCCUACAGGCUUCUCCUUUGGCGCCCCUACAGCUGGACAGGCUACAGGGGCUGCGACCGGCGGCAGUCUCUUUGGCCAGCCAGGCUCUACUGCAACAAGCGCGACUGGCGGUCUCUUUGGGACUUCUGCUUCAUCUGGUCCAUCCACAACGCCGGCCAGUAGUGGUCUGUUCAGCUCUGCGAAUGCACCGACCGGGACGAACACCUCUUCAGCGGCUUCGGGGACAUCCACACCAGCUUCGAAGCCAACUGUCAGCUUCGGAGGGUUCGGAGCGAGCUCAUCCACUACGCCAGCUUCAAACCCUCCUUCGAAUCCAUUCGGAGCAGCUACAGGCGGGGGCCUGUUUGGACAGUCAUCAAUAGCUUCAUCUGCAACACAGCCUCAAGAUGCGAACAAACUCGCGACUGCGACUGCAGUUGGAUCACUGUUCGGUGGAGGUGCAGCAGCAGGAGCAGCCAAGCCUGGCGCAUUCUCUUUCGGAUCCGCAACCGCCCCUGCGGCAUCAAAGCCGGCUGAGGGCACAGCUUCUGUUCCCCCUACCUCCACACCCGCUGCAGCACCCGCCCCUACGGGCGCCAUGUCUUUCCUUCUAAACAAGCCAGCUUCGGGAGACUCGUCUGCUGCAAAACCAUCGACCUUCAGCUUCGGGGCCCCUCCUUCCUCAAGUGCAGCUGCUACACCUGCGGCAAAUGCUGCGCCAGCAUCAUCGACGCCCGCAGCCGCCGCUUUGGGCGGGUUUUCCUUCGCGCCCAAGCCAGCCACCACUUCGGCGCCGGCGGCGAGCGCGCCAGCAGGCACGACGGCUUCCGUGGCACCGACGCCGACGCCGGCACCGGCACCUGCAACCUCAGGCACAGGCGCAGCAAAGCCGGCAAGUAUGUUUUCUUUUGGAGCAUCAUCAGCUGCAUCAGCAGCAUCCACUUCAGCAUCUAAGCCCGUCGAAGCUCUAGCAGCUGGAUCUGCAGUCCCAGCUUCCAAACCGACGUUUGCGUUCGGCCAGCCUGCUGCUGCAUUGCCAGAGGCAGCAUCAGCGGGUGCAUCUACGACAGUUUCAAACUCUGGUCCUACAUCUGCAAGUGCCGCUUCGACCGCACCUGGGCUCAGUGCUCUGGCUGGAUUCGCGAGUAAGCCGGCCGGCGCAACUGCCACAUCAACCACUGCACCUGCUGCCGGGGCCGCUCCACCUGCCACAAUCACAGCUGCACCCGUUGCGAAAGCACCAGGUGCCGCCGCAGCGCCAACUGCUCAGUCUGCACCUGUGACAGCGCCCGCACCCUCUUUUUUGCGCGGCAGGAGCAUGGAGGAGAUCGUGAACCGCUUUACGACCGAGCUCGAUUCAUCCCUGAAAGAAUUCACUCGCCAGGCUGUCGAGAUUGCAACCUGGGAUCGUGUCCUGCUGCAAGGCGGCGACGAGAUCGGCAAGCUGACUAAGGAGCUCAUAUCUGCUGAAGAACAGCAGAUGCGCAUCGAGCAGAGCCUGGAUUACAUCGAGCAGGAGCAGCGCGAGCUUGCGGAGAUGCUAGAUCAGUAUGAGAAUCAAGUCGGCUCCAUAAUUGAAAGCUCAACUCAUCCGAGCUGGUCUUCAGCUUCUCUAUCCCGGAGGCCCCACAGUAUCGAGACGGGUGCAGCAGAUGCAGAGCGCGAAAGGGCAUACGCGCUCGCCGAAUCACUCAACGCUCAGCUGGAUGAAACAUCGCGCGACCUCCGCUCGAUGAUCAUCGAGGUCAACGAGCUGACGGGGCCGACAACCACUUCGCAUGUUUCGCGCGGCGUCGGGCCAGGUGCGCUCAAAGGCAGUGCUGGCGCAGACACGAACGAAGACCCAGUCGCGCAGAUUGUCGCGAUUCUCAACGCCCACCUUGGCAGUCUCAAGUGGAUCGACGAGACGACUGACUCACUCAAGGAGAAGUUGGAGUCACUCCGAAGGGGUCAGACGCCGCAACCUUCAGGUGCUGCAGCCCGCCCGGGGCAACGGGAAUUUUACGGCCGCGCAUCCACGGCUCGUCCGAGCGUGCGGUUUUGAUCGGGUGUAGUACCAAGCCGAAAUGAUAGCGCUGGAUAUGAAUGCAUACAGAGCAGAGAUGCGAUACAUGAAAAUUAGAUCCAGUGCGUGACUCAGCCAGAGGGCAUGGAGGGGAAGGGCCCGCUCAAGCGAUUCGGGUUCUUGGCGACUUUGACCGUUCCUUCCGGUAACUCCGAGCUGUGCAUCCGAGGACUCCGAAUGGUCGCGUUCUUUUCCACCGAGGAAGGCGUCGACGCCUGCGUCUGGACUGUGGUCUGCUCCAUGGCUGCUUGCAACAGCUUCAAGUCGUCAAGGUGCGCCUCACACUUGGCCUUUGUAACUUGUAGAUACGCAAUC